CUUGGAGGGCGGGGGCUUGUGAAGUGUGUCCCGGGAGCUCCCUGUAGUGGGUGGGUUUGGAAGUCUUUUAAAACUUGGCUUUCUGAAGACUUUCAGCGCUGCCAACUUACCCUAUCGGCGCUGCGGGACAUGUAGUAUUAAAUACUUGUUGUCUAGUGUUCCCUACGCUUGUACAUAGUGGGUCCUGGAUGCGGGGUAGUGCUCGGACCAAGUGUUGUCCACUUGUUUAAAAACUGCAACUCAUCGCUGUGCAUUGAUAUGGAAUGAUGCCUCUGGAGGUGGUGGUGGAGCUGCAGAUCCGGGCGAUUUCUUGCCCAGGGGUAUUCCUUCCAGACAAGCAAGAUGUGUACCUUGGGGUUUACCUCUUGAAUGAGUACCAGGAGACAGACUGCUUUCCCUCUGUGUUCCCUAUUAUGAUUCAGCAGAGAAUGAGAUUUGAAAAGUUAUUCGAAAAUGCAAUAGAUCCUGGAACUGUAGCAGACACUUUAGAAAGCUUCCUAACCAGGUUUGAAUUAGUACAGCUAGUGUCUCCAGCAUGGGAAGAGUUGGCCUACUAUGAAGAAAACACACGGGAUUUUCUUUUCCCUGAGCCCAAGCUGACACCUUCUCACCCUGGGAUGUGUAGGGAGGUGCUCAUGAAAACGGCUGCAGGUUUUCCAGGCAUUGCUCCCAAACUAGAGUUUUCUACGAAGACAGCCAUCAGAGAAUGUGUGUUUCUGCACAGAAACAGAUUUCUUGAAGAAAGAUAUAAGUCCCGAAGGCCUUUAUCUACAUCAUAUGGACCCAAAUUCCUUCUAAAUAAUAAACAGGUGAAGCCAAAGGAGAAUAAUCUCAACAGACUACCCCAAAACAUGAAAUCCCGGGCGCCCUCUCCAUAUUCUACCAGGCAUUCCUUCCAGGACCAGCCAGCUCAAUUGAAGCUUGGAAAUAAUUUCAGAAUCUCCAGAGAAAGCAAACCUCCUUUUGUAGUUAGACAUGUGGACAGUGCAAAGCCCUUUGGUGAGAAUGUUUCAGAGCAUCAUUCCCGCAAGUCUAGAAGAAAAUCUAAGUUUUCAAACUUUCCCUUUUCAAUGAGAAGAGCUUCUUCUCUUGACAUCUGUGCAGCUAACGUAAAGGUUAUCAAAGAGCCAGACGAACGGAUUGUUUUAAGGAAUGAGUCACCAUCACCUUUAGGUUCAAGGAAGUUUGGGAAGUGCUCGCCCAGUUACGGUCACCGAGGGGAUGCUGACUUCCACCCAGAAACUUCAUUUGCCACCUCCCAGCCCUCCAGAUCUCCCAGCCCUCUUAUGGGUCAGCUUCGUCUCAGAGAAAGGUUCCACCCUGGCUGUCAGUCCACAUGGAAGAAGAUCCACGAAAGUGUGUGCGGUCUUCUGGCGUCCCAGAGAGCUCGGCAACACCUAAACAAGGAAGAUUCUAUCUCUGAAGUAAAC